AUGAGCACAUCUCUCUCUACGGCCGACGUGCCUCCUGAAUUCCUCGAGGCUGCAUUCCUCGUGGGUCAUAUCCCGCUGCGGUCUCUGCCCAGCGAGCCGCGCGUCUCCUACGCCCUUUACGUGCCCAAAGAGCAGUACAACGCCAAAGCUUCAGCCGAGGCCAAGCUUCCACUGCUUGUCCACAUUCACGGGACUGGACGUCGUCUAAGCGGCCUGGACUUUGACUACCCCAGGUUCGCUGACAGGCUAGGCUGCGCCGUGCUCUUCCCGCUCUUUCCUUGUGACCUUGACGGGCCGGACGACCUCGGCUCAUACAAGAUCCUGCGCUCUCAUUCACUGCGGGCCGAUCUUGCGCUUCUGUCUAUGUUGGAUGAGGUCGGUCGAGUAUGGCCUGGCAUCGACACGGAGAAGGUAUUCUUGGAAGGUUUCUCGGGUGGAGGGCAUUUCACUCACCGGUUCUUGUAUCUGUACCCGGAGCGUCUUGCCGCGGCAAGCGUCGGCGCUCCUGGCAAGGCGACAAGCCUGGACGAGACGCAGAACUGGCCAAUAGGAAUCGCAGACGUGGAGGACCGCUUUGGGCGGACCGUCAAAAAGGAGGUGAUCGCCCAGGUGCCAAUACAGAUGGUUGUCGGGAGCGAGGAUGUGCAUGGUCACGGUGGUGCGGAGUUCUGGGCUUGGGUCAGAACCCAGCGAUUAAAGGCGCAAGGAAUCAGCGAGGAGGAUGCCGCAAAGACUCAUAUACGCACUGUCGAGGUUGUUGGGGAUAGGGUCAAGACAUUGCGGGAUCUUCAGGCCGAGUGGCUCGCUCAAGGUAUCACAGUACAGUUUGACGUGGUUGAUGGGGUCGCUCAUGAUGAACAGGGAGUUCGAGGAACUGUUCUAGAAUUCAUCGAGUCUGAGAUGCGGAAACAGAGAAAUGCUUGA